GCCUGUCUACAUACACUACGGUACCAACGCUAUGCAUUGUGGGACGGUGUAAUAUGGAAGCGCUCGCUGUAAGCAUGUCGAAGGCUCAAUAACAAACAAUUUACGCGAUAUAAAAACGACACACGCACUACUAUUAUCUGUGUUUAGCUGCUUUAAAGAGCUUCUUACGGGACAGGGUCGCCUCUGGACGCAGAAACUGGUAAAGUUGAUAAAACUACAUCUAGUGUUGCUAAUGUGCUCGUUGAAGCUAACGCUAAGGGUCAAUGCAGAGUUACACAGAGAUGGAAAGCUGUUUUCAUGACAUUGACCACCUGAACAUUGACGUUAAAAAAUGAUAACGUGCUUAUUAUUGUUAUUAUUUUUAGCUGUCUCGUCGAAAUGUGGAAGAUGUUUGGUGGGCUUCUGAGAACAGGAGGGUACCUCUGUCAGUCUGGGUCGCUGCUCCACACAGUCAGGACCUUUUCCACCGGUGAGUCCUACAGGGUCAACCAGAGACUUCUUCUGACUUUACUAAUGCUGAUUUGAAUAUAAAGGGAUAUUCCGGCGUAAAAUUAAGUAAGAGUCAAACACACACCGAGUUUGACACCCCCUCGAAAGAUGAAUGUUUCCGAACGCUUGCUUCUCUAGUCAUACCAACUUUAGUAGCAAUAUAGAGAGCCACGCGACUGCUGCGGGGUGACGCAGCUCAAGGUAGAACAUUUAUGAUAAUUUCUUUAUCAUUUCCUUGAAGUAAUAAUCAUCAUAUUAAUCAUUUUGCACUGCAGACGCCGUAGUUCCUUUGCCUCAGCGUCUCGGUCUGAUUGCAUUUCCAUUAAGAAAUUGUCAUAAAUGUUCUUCCUUGAGCUGCGUCACCCCACAGCAGUCUGUAAUGGGUUGGCCCAAGGUCUGGCUACAAACAAACUGCUGCUGGAAGAGAGUAGGUGAGUUGUGUUUAGUCUCUUUGCUAAAGAAAUUAGGGAAAGUUAAAAAGAUGUUUGGUGGCUAGUGCUAUAGCUAGGACCUUAUAUGUACUGUUGAUGAAGUUAGGUGCUGUUCUCAGCAUUAUUUGUGACUGGUGAGUGGUGUUUUGUUUGAGAUUUGUUUAUGGCUCCUGAGAUCGCUGUGAAUUGCUAUCAUGGGGUCUUCACUAAAGUUGGUAUAACUAGAGAAGCAAGCGGUCGGCAACAUUUGUCUCUCGAGCGGGUGUCUAACUCGGUGUUACAGUGUGUUUGACUCUUACUUAAUAUCCCUUUAAUUCUGGAUAUGUCAUCUUAUGGUCUAUUUACUUUAUAUUUCUAUGAAUUAUGUCCCCCGUGGUAAUGGUAUGGCAAGCUACAAACUAUCAUUGUCUCAUUUUGUUCUGUACUUUUGUUUCCUACUUACUUGAGAUCAUACUAUUGGUCUCAUGUCCAGGAAUGAAUGUGGAGAGGGGUCAGUGUAUGAUUUAUAGAAUAUUUUACAACAGUAUUAGUGUGGGUACAAAUUUUGUUUUGUUUUGUACUGUUUUAUUUGUUUGCUGUUUUGUCUGGAUGGUUUGCCUCAUAUUUAUCAUAAGCAAACUACUAGACUUUUCUCACUUUGGUGUUACACUUUUUUUUUUUAAAGUUUAAAAAGACACACAUACAAACAAAAAACAUAGUAAUAUCCAGUUAACAUUGAUACAAAAUAGUAAAUGCAGCAAAAAACUUACAUUUGCCAACUUACCAGCAAAUAUCCAAUAACUAUUUUAGUGUAGCUGAUUUGGAAGAAAUAGUUUGUGAUUAAUCUUAUGCAGCGACUGAUGUGCCCUCAAGAAAAAUACACUUACAUGAAACCAUAUGCUUUAUUUAGGUACAUGCUGCCAGAUCAGGAUGCAUGCCAUCCCUCAGCUGAAGAAGGUGGACAGAUGGACUGAAAAGCGAAGCAUGUUUGGAGUGUAUGAUAACAUAGAUAUCUUAGGUAAGUGUCUUAAACUAGUCAAGAGACUAGAAAAAAAAAUGUUUCUUCAUUUUGUGUGUUAGAAGUUUCUCAUAGUGUGUCCUGGCUUUUCAUACAUCAGUAACAAGAUGCAAUUAUUACUUAAGGUGUGUCUCUUUUUAGUAAUGAUUUGUUCAGUACCAAGUUAGUUACCAAGUCAGUGCUUUAAAGCAAUAGUACGCGCAGCAAGUUAGAUGUCACUGACACCUACAGUUUCAAAGCAGUAAAGAAGAACUGAUCAGCAACAUAGCAAACAAACUAUGUAUACAAAGAGCUAGCAUUUCUUCCUUUAUGUAUUUGGUUUAUUUUGUUGGUGAUGACUGUCAAACAACAACAAAGAAGAAAGAUCUGAAGAUUUCCCUCUAUAAUUAUCAAAACUGAAUGAUCUACAACCACUGAGAGGUAAAUGUUUUCAACUGACCACUGAAGAGAAAGUGAAGUAUCAUACAUUCAAAGUCUGAAAGCCAAUUUCCUCACCCUGCGACGUACAGAAAGAUCAGAUCUCAUCGUCACACACUCAGUACACCGACAGAACCUGAUGUCCUCUCUGCCUGUCUGUCUGCAGGGGACUUUAAGGCUCAUCCCAAAGACCUAAUCAUUGCUCCCUGCUGGCUGAAGGGGUUCAAGGGUAAUGAACUGCAGCGACUGAUUAGAAAGAAGAAGAUGGUGGGAGACAGAAUGAUGACCUUGGACAGACACAACAUGGAGAAGAGGAUUCGCUUCCUUUACAGACGCUUUAAUCGUUACGGGAAACAUCGCUAAAGUGGCGAACACAGUGCCGUUAAAUACCUUGGCCAGCCUUUAAGGACUGCUCGAGUAUUACUGAGUGAUUUCAUACUCUUCUAGCACUGUUUUUUUUCCACUUUUUCUAAGUUAUCAUACAUAUAUGUAUAUUGCUGACAUACUUCCUGUAUUUGUUUGUUGAUUAGUUUUAUAUUCUGUUAAAUUUCCUGACAAACAAACUAUAAGAAAACAACCUUAAAUAAACAGUGUAAAGAUGAACCCAAAAAG